GUAUAGCAAGAGACGAGCAAAAGUGCACUUCAGAUGAAAGGCAUUGAUGAGAUGAGGUCAAAGCAAGACCCAAGCGCUCUUGCCGCCAAGGCGAUCGGGCCCGCUAGCGCCUUUUCUCCGCGGGUCGUCACUCAUGGCAACGGCGCUUGUUUAUCGGCAUGCCAACCCACCUCGAUCGCCCGUUCCAGAAGACCCAACGCCCAAUGCAGGCCCACAAAGCAGUUCAAAAUUGUCCUUCUCCGCAAUUGCCCAUUCCUAGCUGCAUGCGCUUCCUCCUUCCCUUGCCUCUGCCUGCAUCUCUAAGCGCUGUGCCGGAACAAGCUAUCCGCAUCCUGUCUUGACCGCAUCAGUUACCCAACCACUCUCUCUCUCCUGCGAAUCCGUCUCAGCUGGUCUCGAGAUGGAGGCGCUGCUGUCUCUCGCCUUCGACAACAUUGCGUCGAAGGAUACGCAGAAGAUUCGCAAGGGGCUGCGCCAGAUUGAGGGCAUGCUUGCACAGAUAUGUCUUUCGAGUGGAAAGUCGAAACCCUCCACGCCCGGCCACCGACGAAAUGCAUCUGCGAUAAAUUUGGGAGAACAACAACAGGCUUCGCCGAAGAAGCUCGGUCAACUGGCAGAGGAUCCAGCGUUCCGGGAGUUCUUCCGGUUGCAAGAGGGCUUCGAGUGGAAUGUGUCGACGCGGGUAGCAGACUGCCUUGAGCGUCUGCUCGGCAUGACAAGUAACGGCCAGAACGAUCUCCUAAUCCUCUCCUCCCUCUCGAACCUACAGGGCCUCCUCCUCCUGCAUCCUCCAUCACGCACGAUCUUCGGUCGCGAAGUCUACAUGAACUUGCUGCUCGACCUGCUCGAUCCCUACAACUGCCCGGCCAUACAAUCCGCGUCCCUGCUCGUUCUUGUCACAGCGCUGCUCGCAACGCCACAGAACACACGGACAUUCGAGCACAUGGACGGCCUUCUCACCGUAACGAGCCUCUUCAAGGACGACGAAACGACACAAAGCGUAAAGGUCAAGCUGCUAGAAUUCUUGUACUUCUACUUGAUGCCUGAGGCACCGGUACCUUCCGCCAGCGCACCGAAUACCGCCGUGGGUCUACAACGGAGUCCAAGCAAACUAGCUGGCGCGUUCGAGAGGCGGAGUAGCACCGUCAGCGGAGACGAUGGCGGGGGAGCGGCAAGAAAGAACAUACGGACCCAAGAAGAGAAGCAGCAUAUGUUGGGGAGAUAUCUGAACAAUGUGGACGCAUUAGUACAGGAUUUGCAAGAGAGCGCCCCGUUUCCAAACGUGGCAUGCUGAUGGAAGCAGCUGGGGAGGACAACCGACGACAACCACACCUACACCCUCACUAGAGAGCCGCGAUGGCCCAAACCAUUUCCUUCUGCUUGUUUAUCUUCUUUCUACAUUUCUUCCUGUCCAUAUCCACCGAUCCCGUCUACCCAUACUCUUCUUUCCUUCGUCUCUACCAGCAUGGCGUUCGAGGACCUGGAAAACUGGUAAUUGGGCAAUCUGUCGACAUCAUAGCUGGCGCUGUUUCCUUUGGAUGCAUCUUGGUUGAUGGCCGGUUUCCAGGGCAUUAAUGCAUAGCGUGGGCGGUUGUGCGCUGUAAUAUCAGUUUCCUUUGGGAGUCUCUGUUUGAUAGACUGGGGAUACCACUGCUCCCUCGUCAGGGCAUCUCUCGUACAAGUCAUCUCUUUCAAUACAUUGUUAGGC